CUAACCAAUCACAGAAAGGCUAAUCUCAUGGUGUGACAUUCUUGUAAAGUACCCAAUCAGGAACAAGGAUUUCCCUCAUCCCUCAUUAGCAUUGCUGACGCGAUCAGGCUAUAAAAAGCGAGCUCCGAGACGGCUUUCGCUUAUUUUGUGUCUGAAAGUGACUGACGCUAUGCCAGAUGAGAAGAAAGCGCAGCAAGCCUCCAAGAAGGGCGCCAAGAAAAUCAUCAAGAAGGCGCCGGGCAAAGCCGGCAAGAAAAGGAAACGAUCCAGGAAAGAAAGUUACUCUAUCUACAUCUACAAAGUGAUGAAGCAGGUUCACCCCGACACCGGCAUCUCCUCCAAGGCGAUGAGCAUCAUGAACUCGUUCGUCAAGGAUAUUUUCGAGCGUAUCGCAGGGGAGGCUUCCCGCCUGGCCCAUUACAACAAGCGCAGGACCAUCAGCUCCCGGGAGAUCCAGACCGCGGUGCGGCUGCUGCUGCCCGGGGAGCUGGCCAAACACGCCGUGUCGGAGGGUACAAAGGCGGUGACCAAGUACACCAGCUCCAAGUGAGACCCCACAU